AUGAAUGGGAGUUUUACUCUUGUCAAGUUUCGGGAUGAAGCUACUAGGGACAUGGUGUUGGAAGCUGGUGUGGUACACUUUGACAGAAAACCUGUUUUGUUGAGGCCUUGGUCGAUCGAAUUGAAUAAACUGAGGAAGGUGAAAUCAGUUCUAGUCUGGGUUCGUCUACCAGAUUUGGGUCUCCAGUAUUGGGGUCUUAAAACUCUGAGUGCUCUUGUUAGCACUAUAGGUAAGCCUAUGAUGAUGGAUAAGGUAACAAAGGAUAAAUCAAUGGUGAAAUUUGCUAGAGUUCUUGUGGAUGUUGAAAUUUCUGAUCAUAUUCCUCAUUGUAUAAACUUUAUAAAUGAGAGGGGUCAAUUGAUGGAACAGGCAAUAGAAUUUGAAUGGUUACCAACUCGUUGUUCUUGUUGUAAGAAUUUGGGCCAUGUUGCUUCUGCUUGUAAACUUUCUCAGGAGAUACAUUGGAAGCCAAAGCAAAAAGCCCCUAAUUCUGUUAAAGAGGAUCAUGGUGGUUCUACUGUAUUGAUUGAGCCAUCUCUUGAGACUCGAUCAAAGAACCCUCAUCUAGUAGAGAAGGAGGUUCAACAGAAUGCCAAGGGUGAUCAGUUGGUUGUAUCCAGAGAGUCGAAGUCUAGAACAAUAUUAGCUCAAGAUACCAGUAGCUCUUCUAAAGGGCAGGAUAAGUCUUGGUCUACCCCAAAGAGAGUGGGAGGUGUCAAGAAAAAAUCUGCUGAGAACUUGACAGUGAGGGCUAAUAAAUUUAGUAUUUUGUUAGAGAACAAGGAAGUGGAUCCAAAGAGGAAUUUACAAGAUCUUCAGAUAUCUAAUGGAGGCAGUGAGUUGGUUGAAGGGAGGAUUCUUUUAGUUUGGAGGGAUGACAUAGUUCAAGUUAAUGUAAUUCAGGAAAUGGACCAGCUUUUUCAUUGUGAAGUGAGGAUUAAAAGAACUGUUCUGAAGGCUUAUUUGUCCUUUGUUUAUGGUAGAAAUUUGUUGGAGGAGAGAAAGGAGCUGUGGUCUCAUCUUACUUUUCCUCAGGCUUCAGUUGAACCGUGGUUGGUUGUUGGGGACUUUAAUGCUAUUUUUAAUUUUGACGAUCGUAUAGGGGGUCGAGCGGCUGAUUCUAGAAUUUAUUCGAAGUUGGAUAGGAUUUUUAUCAAUGAGAAGUGGUCUGAUAUGUUCCCAGCGUCAGAAGCUCGUAUCUAUUGGGACACUAUUUCUGAUCAUUGUUACUGUAUUAUCAAGACGAUUCAAUUUAAGGAGUCAGGGAUAAGGCCAUUUAGAUUUUACAAUUGUUGGGUCAAUCAUGAAGAGUUUCGGAAUAUUGUUCUAGAUAGCUGGUCUAAACCAGCUGGGGGUUUUGGGUUACAACGAGUUCUGCAGAAGCUAAAGAGACUUAAACUUGUUUUGAGUCUCUUCAAUAAACAUCAGGUUGGUGAUGUAGUCCAGAAGUAUAUUGCAGCUAAACAGAGAUAUGAAAGAGCUCAGUUCAUGUUGCAACAAUCUCCUUCUUCGACUAUGUUGCAGCAGGAAGAGAAUGAGGCAACUACUGAUUUUGCUAACAAAUCUAGAAUGUAUGAGAGCUUCCUUCGUCAAAAAAGCAAAAUUAAUUGGCUGAGAUUUGGAGAUGAGAAUACAGCUUACUUUCAUGCAUCUCUUAAAUAG